UGUAUCCCCAUUUCGUCUUCGUCUGCUCGAAGGGAUUUGGAACCCUAGCUGAUGCAAUCGAGCUCCCGAGUCGUCUUUGAAUGGUUCAAGAGUGAGGCUUUCAGAAAUCUCUCAACUGGAGGUGCCGUGACACGCAGCGCACACUUUGGUUGUUUUUAGUUGGCAGGAUUGUCAUCAAUACCAGUUCCUGCAGAUGGACAAAGAUAACAACAUCGUUUUUGAUGAGAAAAGUGAAAGCAGGCUUUAUGUUGGCAAUCUUGAUCUGAAAAUAACAGAAGCUGCUCUGAUAAAGAUGUUUUCUCCAUUCGGAAAGAUCGUGUUUGAGGACUUCCUUUGGCAUACUCGUGGCCCAAAACGUGGAUCGCCACGUGGCUAUGCGUUCGUACAGUUCAGCACCAAGGAGUGAGUAUGCAGGAAGCUAAACGGGCCAAGGAGAAGAUGCACGGGAAGUUGGCAUGUGGACGCCCUUUGGUCGUGAGGCUUGCUAGAGAGAAGUACUUGAUGGAAAUGGCCAACAAAUCGAGCGGCAUCGAGUCGAGUAAGUCGGGUAAUGGGACCGCACAGAUGAGCCGAAGUGCGAAAAUAGCUGCAAUAAAGAACAAAUUGAAGGCCAUGGAGGAAGAGGAUCAUGAUACAAAGAGGCAGAAACAGAGUUAGAAGAGGGAAAUGUAUUUUGAAAUUUAUUUAACCACGUGUCAUGAUAUUAUUGGUGGGAGGAUUGACAUUUCUGUUUUAAAGAACCCAGUAGACCUAAUCUAUCUAGUAAUUAUUGUAACUUUAUCAAUCAUAAUCAGAUAUUUGUAUAAAGUGAAAAUGGUUUCAUAUUUUUUUAUGAA